AAAGAUUCCAAGUUCUUGUCUCGGUUUGAAAAUAUAGUCGUUGGGGUAAAAAAAACAUUAAAAAUAUGUCCUAGCUUUGAACAAAAUCCGUUGUAUAGUGUUGAAUUUCACAAUGAUAUCAUGGGGUCUAUCAUUCCGGUGAUUCCAAUGUGGACUGGUGUGAUGCGGUUCAAAGUACUUGGGUCAACAGACAGAGCAAGCAAUGCUCCGGCAGAGAGUUGGUUUGGAGAUUUAAAGACAAACAAAAAAUGCCGGCGUAUGAAAUGUGGAAGAUUUGUUCAAUUUACUAGAAGUAUUAUAUUGAGUAAAUGUAAAGAAGUACUGCUAGAUAUACCAUACAAUUAUUGUGCACUUCCUCCGGUCCAAAAGAAACAAAAGAAAAUCGCAAAAAAAGAAUCUACAUCAUUUGUCAAUUUGAUUUCAUCAUCAUCUGACGAUAACGAGGAAAAAGAAUGUUGGGGAGCGAGAAAGAUAAAAACAGGGUUCUAUUUUAAGGGUCAUUUAAAAGCUGCUUCAAAGCAAUUUAAGGCACGUGCAGUCAGGAACUAUGUGUCACCGAUUGAAAACUUAAAAGAUGAUAUGAUUGGUUUGACACCAAAUGUAAAUAUGCCCUCAUUUGAUUCCAUAACAAUAAAUGACAAAAUAGUAACUCCUCCAAAUACUAAGACCUUAUCAGAAUCUUUAAAUUCUAUAAAAAGUUACAAAUCUCCAGUAGAUGGUCUACGGUGUAAAAUGGAUUUGUAUGAAAAUAGGUUACCAAAAGACAAAAAUUAUUAUAGCUCCAUUUUGAAGAAGAACGGAAGAAAAUUGGAUUAUGUUGUUGGCAUUUAUAAUAGUGUUAAAGACAUAACUCAGUUCCAUGAGUUAUUUUUCAGUGACUUUGACACACUAUCAAUGUAUACACCUGAAAAUAUAAAUAAUAUGUGGUUGAGUAAUUUUGUUAUUGAUAUAGCAUUGGGUGUUAUGAGAGAGACAUAUUGCGAGUUUAAAAAUAAAAUAAAAAUAUUGAGUUGUAAUGUAUCGGGUCAUUUAAAUAAUGAUCCUUCAAAAAAAAAUUCAAAUUUGGAAACUAUAGUUGUUCCAAAAGAGAGUUUGCUCGUAAUGCCAUUACAUGUAAAUGGAAAUCAUUGGGUAAUCAUGUUUAUGGACUUUGGAAAUCAUAAAUUCUAUUAUUUUGACCCAUACCAAACUACGGAAUAUAAUAAAUGUAGACAUAAUUUUGUGACUAUACUAAGUGAACUGAAAAAAAAUCAUGUGUAUGGAGAGGUAGGUAAUGUGUGGCCAGAAAUGAAUUUUCAAAUAUUUUCUGACUAUCCUAAACAAACAGAUAGUUAUAAUUGUGGAGUUUAUGUGUUGUACUAUGCAGAGCAUAUGAUGAAAAAUAAGAUUGAAAACGUUAAAUUCAAUAAAGAUUUCAGUCCAAUGGUAUAUAGAGAGGUGUUAAAAGAUCUUUUGUUGGAAAAAUCUGAUUUCAUGAGAGAUAUUUGUUUGUAUUGUGGGCGUACGGACAAAAAACACAAAGAGAUAAAAAAAGAAAAUAUCGAUUGGGUGCAAUGCGAUACAUGUAACAGAUGGAUAGUACUACAAUGUUUGUUAAAUGUAGGACAAACGUCAGAUUGUGAUGAUAAUUUUGAAUGUGUUUUGUGCGUGUCCAAUGACUUUAAUAAAAUAAGUGUUGGUGAGUAAAUUAAAAGAGUUAGUAUAAUUAAGAAAAUUAGUGGAGUAGGCCUAUGUUGGGAAACCACUUUAAAAGAAAACGCGCCAAAAUGCAGUACCUCCAGUUUUGUUGAAAACAAUGCUAAGGUGGUGUGGAAAUCUGUUAAAUUAAUUGUGAAUUUCAGAAUAUUAAAAUAAUAUUCAUUAAACUUGCAUAACUAUCUACAUAGAAUUUGAAUAUGACUUAUAAAACCAGAUUUAACAUGCCAU